CGCGCCCUGACGUCACGUCCUGCGGCGGCGACGGCGGCGACGGCGGCGGCGGCGUCUCCGUACGGUCGGCCGUGCACGUAAGACAGACCAUGGAUGGCUCCUUCAUCCAGCACAGCGUGAGGGUUCUGCAGGAGCUCAACAAGCAGCGGGAGAAGGGCCAGUACUGUGAUGCCACCCUGGAUGUGGGGGGCCUGGUGUUCAAGGCCCACUGGAGUGUCCUGGCCUGCUGCAGCCACUUCUUCCAGAGCCUCUAUGGGGAUGGCUCAGGGGGCAGCGUUGUCCUCCCUGCCGGCUUCGCCGAGAUCUUUGGUCUCCUGUUGGACUUCUUCUAUACUGGUCACCUUGCUCUCACCUCAGGAAACCGGGAUCAGGUGCUCUUGGCAGCCAGGGAGUUGCGAGUGCCAGAGGCUGUGGAGCUGUGCCAGAGUUUCAAGCCCAAAACCUCAGUGGGGCAGGCAACGAGUGGCCAAAGCGGGCUGGGGAAGCCUGGCCCCCGGAAUGUGAACAGCCACCUCAAGGAGCCGGCAGGCUUGGAGGAGGAGGACGUUUCGAAGGCGCUGGGUCAGGUCCCCAGGGACCAGGAGAUCAGUGGCAGUCACAGCCCCGAGAGGCCCCAGCUUGCUCUCCCUGCCCACCGCGGGAAACUCAAGCCGACCUUAAAGCUUUGUCCCUCAGAGGACAAGGAGCCCGAGGAUUGCAAAGUCCCCCCUAGGCCCUUUGAGGCUGAAGGUGUUCAGCUGCAGAGCGGGAAUAAUGAGCUCCCCACAGAGAGAGCCGCUGCUCUCCAAAUCCAAGAUUCCGACGUGACCUGCCUUAGGACCCUGAUGGGAGCAGUCACCGAUAAAGGGAAGUGGGAAGUGGUGGUUCAAGUUGAGGACGACGGGGAUGGUGAUUACGUUUCAGAGACUGAGACCUUGCCUACCAGGAGGAAAUCAAACGUGAUCAGAAAGCCGUGUGCUGCUGAGCCAGCCCUGAGCGCAGGUUCCCUGGUAGCAGAGCCCGCUGAGAACAGAAAAGGUACAGCGGUGCCAGUUGAAUGCCCCACAUGUCAUAAAAAGUUCCUCAGCAAAUAUUAUCUAAAAGUCCACAACAGGAAACACACUGGGGAGAAACCCUUCGAGUGUCCCAAAUGUGGAAAGUGUUACUUUCGGAAGGAGAACCUCGUGGAGCACGAAGCCCGGAACUGCAUGAACCGCUCCGAACAGGUCUUCACGUGCUCCGUGUGCCAGGAGACCUUCCGCCGGAGGAUGGAGCUGCGGGUCCACAUGGUGUCCCACACCGGAGAGAUGCCUUACAAGUGCUCCUCCUGCUCCCAGCAGUUCAUGCAGAAGAAGGACUUGCAGAGCCACCUGAUCAAGCUGCACGGCGCCCCCAAGCCCCACGCCUGUCCCACCUGUGCCAAGUGCUUCCUGUCCCGGACGGAACUGCAGCUGCACGAGGCUUUCAAGCACCGUGGGGAGAAGCUGUUCGUGUGUGAGGAGUGUGGGCACAGGGCCUCCAGCCGGAAUGGCCUGCAGAUGCACAUCAAGGCCAAGCACAGGAACGAGAGGCCGUACGUCUGUGAGUUCUGCAGUCACGCCUUCACCCAGAAGGCCAACCUCAACAUGCACCUGCGCACGCACACCGGCGAGAAGCCCUUCCAGUGCCACCUCUGCGGCAAGACCUUCCGCACGCAAGCCAGCCUGGACAAGCACAACCGCACCCACACGGGCGAGAGGCCGUUCAGCUGUGAGUUCUGCGAGCAGCGCUUCACGGAGAAGGGGCCCCUGCUGAGGCACGUGGCGAGCCGCCACCAGGAGGGCCGGCCUCACUUCUGCCAGAUCUGUGGGAAGACCUUCAAAGCCGUGGAGCAGCUGCGCGUGCACGUCAGAAGGCACAAGGGGGUCAGGAAGUUCGAGUGCACGGAGUGUGGCUACAAGUUCACCCGGCAGGCCCACCUCCGGAGGCACAUGGAGAUCCACGACCGGGUGGAGAACUACAAUCCGCGGCAGCGCAAGCUCCGGAACCUGGUCAUUGAGGACGAGAAGAUGGUGGUGGUGGCACUGCAGCCCCCCGCCGAGCUGGAGGUGGGCUCCGCUGAGGUCAUCGUGGCGUCCCUGGCUCAGGGCGGCCUGGCCUCCCAGCUCCCUGGCCAGAGACUCUGUGCGGAGGAGAGCUUGGGGAGCCCAAGUGUCAUGGAGCCCUCGCUCAUCAUCACAGCGGCCAUCCCCGAGGACUGUGACACAUAGCCGCCCUACUGCCAUCUCCUGCUUGGCCCCAGCCCCCAAUAAACCACACCGCUUUGGACUUCA